AUCUUUCAAAGAACAGAUUUACUGAAAUUCCUCCUGAUGUCUGGCUGUUUGCACCACUGGAAACUUUAAAUUUGUAUCACAACUGCAUCAAAUCCAUUCCAGAAUCUAUUAAAAACCUGCAAAUGCUUACCUACCUUAACAUUAGUCGAAAUCUUUUAUCAACGUUGCCAAAAUACCUGUUUGAUCUUCCACUUAAAGUUCUGGUUGUCAGUAAUAAUAAGCUCGUCUCCAUUCCAGAAGAAAUUGGAAAGUUGAGAGAUCUAAUGGAGCUGGAUAUUAGCUGCAAUGAACUUCAGGUUCUUCCCCAGCAGAUAGGAAAAUUGCAAUCACUUAGAGAAUUAAACAUAAGAAGAAACAAUCUCCAUAUGUUGCCAGAUGAAUUAGGAGACCUUCCCUUGGUAAAGCUGGAUUUUUCUUGUAAUAAAAUUACAGAAAUUCCGAUUUGUUACAGAAAGUUACGUCACUUACAAGUUAUAGUUUUGGAUAACAAUCCAAUGCAGAUACCACCAGCACAGAUAUGUUUAAAGGGUAAAGUACAUAUAUUUAAAUUCCUCAGCAUUCAGGCAUGCCUCAGAAUAGAUAAAAAACCAGAUUCUUUGGACCUUCCGUCAUUAGGUAAACGAAUCCCCUCCCAGCCACUCACAGACAGCAUUGAAGACUUUUAUCCCAAUAAAAAUCAUGGACCAGACUCUGGCAUUGGAAGUGAUAAUGGGGAUAAAAGGUUGUCCACAACAGAACCAUCUGAUGAUGAUACAAUCAGCCUUCACUCCCAAGUAUCAGAAUCAACAAGGGAACAGACAUUAAGGAAUGACAAUCAUACAACGGGAAGUAAACUCGAUCCACAGAAAGACCAGGAGGUGUAUGAUUACAUUGAUCCGAAUGCUGAAGACGGAGCUGUUCCUGAGCAAGGGGAUGUGCAGAUUGGACCAUUGCUCUCUUAUAUCAAGGAACGGGGAAAACAUCCUGAGAAAUCCCAGAAAAUAGAACAGAAUGAAGACUGGGGAGAUGAAAAAAGACUUCAGAAAGAACAGUUGCUGGCUGAAGAUGAUGAUGAGCUCAAAGAAGUGACUGACUUGAGAAAAAUAGCAGCUCAGCUACUGCAGCAAGAACAAAAACACAGGCUUCUUAAUCAUUCAGUUUCAGUAAGCACAAGGAACAGGCCAAAGCAGACAAUGGAAUCUGAAAAAUGUGUCUCAACAGAUGAAGUGAAUUCCCCAGUGUCCCCAUACAGCUGGCAGCCACUGGAAAACCAGAAGGAUUCAGUGGAUGAGCAGCAUUGGCCAGAAACACAGCCAGUGAUUUGGCAGAAUGAAGAAAGAAGGAGAAGUAAACAAAUCAGGAAAGAGUAUUUCAAGUAUAAGUCUUCCAGAAAGAGUUCAAGUGGAAAUGAAAAUGAUGAGCAAGACAGUGAUAAUACUAAUGUGUCCCCACAGUCUCCCGUGUCGUCUGAGGAUUAUGAAAGGACAGAUAGUAACACUCAUGGUCCAUUUGGUCUCAAACCAAGGUCAGCUUUCAGCCGUGCAUCUCGCCAGGACUAUGGGGCAGUGGAUCCUGGAUUUACAAUGAGGAGGAAGAUGGAGCAUUUAAGGGAAGAAAGGGAACAGAUAAGACAGCUUCGCAAUAAUCUUGAAUCAAGGUUAAAAGUAAUUUUGCCAGACGACAUUGGAGCAGCGUUGAUGGAUGGAGUAGUUCUUUGCCAUUUAGCCAAUCACAUAAGGCCGCGUUCUGUUGCCAGCAUUCAUGUACCAUCGCCAGCAGUGCCUAAACUCAGUAUGGCAAAGUGCCGAAGAAACGUUGAAAACUUUCUUGAUGCUUGUAAAAAACUGGGCGUUCCACAGGAGAGACUUUGCUUGCCUCAUCACAUUCUGGAGGAAAGGGGUCUGGUGAAGGUUGGCCUCACAGUUCAAGCUCUGCUUGAAUUGCCAGCAUUGAAAGUGUCUCAGCUUUCCUCCAUGUGACAUGACUUCUUGGAAGCUAGACAACUUACCACUCGAGCUGUUGAUUUGGAUUGCUCUGAGGCAGUUCAGCAUCCUACACGGGAACAUCCAAGCCAUCAAAACCUAGUAUCUGUCCAGAUGCUGUAGAGAGCCUUACUUCGGAGUUGUACGUGAAAACCUUGGAGUCAGCUGACAGUUAAAAGAACAUAAUUAUUCUGUCUUUUCUUUUGUAAUUGGAUGCACAAAGAGAUUGUUGUAGCAUCAGGUUCUCUUUCCAGCUAAUUUACCUUAAAAACUGCCAUUUAACAUCUCAGCGUUACUGUUAAAUGCUGGAUUUCUUUUCCUACAUUG